AUGAGCGCCUCAUACACAUAUUCUCACGCCUCCUACUCGUAUCGCAACGACCCUUCGACACUUGAUCGUCUACUCGCCUCUUCGAAAGGUGCCUGGAUUGCUGCUGGUAUAGCUGUCGUCUAUUGCGCCUAUACUUUCGCCCUUCCAUCCGUCCUCGCCUGUUUUGUCUGGAAUGCCUUAGUCCUACUCACCCCCACCGCUCUCGUCCUUGCUGUCGACAAACGAAAGAACCCUACUCUAUACGACGAUUCUACCACCUCUCCAUCCAACGGCGACAAUCACGUCUUCAAGAGCGAAGCAAUGAGAAGAAUCUUUGGUCUUGGAGCUGGUUCGACUGCCCUACUUCCAGGCGCAAACUCGUUGAGAAGAGCCAGUUGGCUCGGUGGUCUAAGUUCGCGAUCGGAUGCCCCGCCGGGACUUGGAAACUGGGACAAUUCAUGCUAUCAGAACAGCGUUCUGCAAGGACUGUCUGCUCUUCAGUCAUUGACUACUUACCUGGAACAAUCUGACGCAAUCAAGUCUGAGGAUACUUCAACAACCGUCGGCUCCUUGCGUGAUCUCAUGGCAAGACUGAAUGAUACCUCCAACAAUGGCUGCCGUAUCUGGACGCCCGCCAAGCUGAAGUCUAUGAGCAGCUGGCAGCAGCAAGAUGCUCAGGAAUAUUUCUCAAAAAUCAUGGACGACAUGGAGAAAGAGAUGACAAAAGCUUUCAAGACUGCACCAGGCACUUCAGGACUCCAAGAAGUCGGCUCACUGGAUACUGUCAAGGCAUCCGGUUCGAAAGGCCAAGAUCUGGGCGCACAACAACGCAAUCCUCUCGAUGGUUUCCUCGCUCAACGUGUUGCCUGCACUAGUUGUGGUUUCUCUGAAGGUCUUUCCAUGAUUCCCUUCAACUGUCUAACCGUACCGCUCGGCAGAAACUACAGUUACAGAAUCGAAGACUGCUUGAACGAAUACACAAGUCUGGAAGAGAUUACUGGUGUGGAAUGCGCAAGGUGCACGUUACUCCGUACCAAAUCACAGCUGGAGAACAUGACGACAGAGUCGGACAACUCUGCUGGCCACUCAGUUUCAUCAUCAGUCUCUCUACCUCCUGAGCUUCGUGCUACGAUCCUGCAGAGAUUACAGGCUGUAGAGCAAGCGCUGGCAGAUGGAGACGUUUCAGAUGAUACACUCAACAAGAAAUGCCAGAUUCCCAAGAAGUCUCGGGUAUCUAGUACCAAAACUCGCCAAGCUGUAGUUGCUAGAACGCCGCAGUGCUUGGUAGUACACGUGAACCGAAGCGUUUUCGAUGAGUAUACAGGUGCUCAAAGCAAAAAUCUUGCAGAGGUUACAUAUUCUAAGACACUGAAUCUGGGGCCGUGGUGUCUGGGCACUACCAGGGAUUCUGGUGACCAGGAAGAAUGGCGCAUGAACCCUUCAAGAUCAAUGAUCGGAUCAUCUGGCAAAGACGCAAGGUCGGAGUACAUCCUGCGAGCCGCUGUUACCCACUACGGUCGCCAUGAGAACGGCCAUUACAUCUGCUAUCGCGAACAUCCUGAACACAUUCAAGACAGCGACAACGAUACUUUGUCGAAGCAUACACCUAUGAAGUGGUGGCGGCUGAGCGAUGAUGAUGUAUCUGCCGUCAGUGAAGACCAUGUUCUUGGGCAAGGUGGUGUCUUUAUGCUCUUCUACGAACGCGUGGAAGUUUCUGCCCCUGAACCUGUAACACAAGAUACGCAGAAGGUACACCAAGAAGCGUUCGCGAUCCACACUACAUCUAGUCUACAAAGCGAACAACUACCGGAACAACCUGCGGUCAUAAUGGAGGAGAGCAAAUUCGUCCCACAGCAACCUGUUGAACCACCAUCGCCAGAGAUCAAAGUGGAACAAACACCAUUGCCACCACCGAAUGUCAAGAAGGCAUCAACGCCACAUAAGAUGCGGACGGCUGGUAGCAAAGGUCGGCGCAGGUCAUCGGGAUUUUCUCAAACACUGCAGACGGUCACUGCGACAUGA